AUGUAUUUGUGCGGAAAGAAUUACGAACAGGAAAUGGAUCUUAUCCGAAGAGUAACUGGCACACUUCCAAAGGGUUUCAACAUGGUCUCAUUUCAGGAAUAUCUCAAUUAUGAGCAAGGUUUCCUGAGUUUGACAAACUUUGCUCUGUAUGAAUUGGAUACGUAUUGGGUGGCCGUAACGAUAAUCACAAUGAUCGGAUCCUCGUUCACCAUAUCCGUUUACGCGUUCACGACCAAAGGAAUGUUUGACACUCUGCUGAAAUUGAGAUCGAAAACAUCGGCGGUUAACUAUAAAAAGCAAAGGAUGGCAUUGAUCAGUCUGAUCGCUCAGUUGGCCACUUCAAUCAUUGUGAUUAUUCCUCCAGGACUCCUCGCUCUUCUGAUUAUUAUAAAGUUCACCUACGCACAAAAGAUCACCCGCUGGCUUCUGGUCGCGUUCACUUCGCACGCUUCCAUCAAUGUGAUUGUCCUCAUUAUAACUUCUCCGCCAUUCAGAAAAUUCACUUUUUUCUGGAGGAACAGGUCACAAAACCGUUUUCGUAGCUAUCAUGUUUGAGACGUUUUCAGAAAAACCACGCCUCUUGUCGUCAGCAAGUCCUGA